AAGGCCGUAACGCCAUUAUAAUACACAUGCGAGCAUUUCAUCAUACGUUUGAGGCGCACCGAAGAGUCAUCCCCAACCAUCUCACCUUUGACUCGCGACGAGUCGGGAUAGCGUUCCCUUCUUCCAUUACCGACGCAGAGGCGCCAUGGCUCCAAGCCCGGAGCGCAGGCGGUGGCUGGCCGUGGUUCUCCUCCUCUGCUCCGGCUUCGUCUUCGGAAGUCGGUCGGCCUUAGCGGAAAGGCCUCUUAGGUCCUCCCUUGUUCAGGCAGCAAGCGGCGGCAGCUUCCGCGGGAGAGACGUGGAAGAUGACACGCUUCCCCUUCGCAAUCUUGCCCGUUCUCUCUUCGGCAAUGGAUCCCGCGCUCAUAAUUGGCCAGAUCUGGAGCUCGGGUGGAGGGUUGUGCUCGGAUCCGCGAUUGCGUUUGUGGGGUCUGCUCUCGGCAGCAUUGGGGGUGUGGGUGGGGGUGGCAUCUUUGUGCCCAUGCUCGUUUUGAUCAUCGGGUUCGACUUGAAGACUUCUGCGGCCAUCUCCAAGUGCAUGAUCAUGGGGGCUGCAGGAUCUGCGGUUUACUACAAUCUAAGGUUUCGACAUCCUACAUUAGACUUGCCGAUCAUGGAUUAUGACCUUGCACUGUUAUUCCAACCCAUGCUCAUGUUGGGCAUUAGCAUUGGGGUUGCCUUCAAUGUCAUCUUUGCAGAAUGGAUGAUCACCGCCAUCCUCGUCAUCCUAUUCCUAGGUACAUCAACCAAGGCAUUUCUAAAGGGUCUAGAGACCUGGAAAAAGGAAACUGUGCUUCUGAAGGAUGCAGCAAGGCAUUUGGACUCAUCAACGAACCUGAAAGAUGGACCAGAACUGGAAUAUGCGCCGCUCCCAGAGGGACCCCUCGCAAACGAACAGCCCAAGUCUUCAGCAAGUGGGGCAGUUUUAACCAUUGUACCUAUCAAGGAAAAUAUAUACGUGAAAGAACUUAUGUUGCUUUUGAUUGUUUGGGUUGGAUUUCUUGUCAUCCAAAUAAUUAAGACUCAUGCUGUAAUAUGCUCUCCAGAAUAUUGGAUAUUCAAUUUCAUGCAGGUGCCAAUUGCUGCUGCCUUAACACUUUAUGAAGCUAUCUGUCUUUACAGAGGGAAGAGGACAAUUGCCUCUACUGGUAAACAGGAAAUGAACUGGAGACCGCACCAGCUUGUCUUCUACUGUUGCUGUGGAGUUAUAGCUGGGGUAGUUGGAGGUCUUCUUGGGCUCGGAGGAGGAUUCAUUUUAGGACCCUUAUUUAUUGAACUGGGGGUUCCUCCACAGGUUGCCAGCGCAACAUCAAACUUUGUGAUGGCAUUUUCUUCUUCCAUAUCCGUCGUACAGUACUACCUACUCGAUCGCUUUCCUGUUCCAUACUCUGCAUACCUGUUGUGUGUUGCAACACUUGCUGCCGUCGCCGGUCAGCACAUGGUGAGGAAGAUGAUCAUUCUGAUAGGCCGAGCAUCACUAAUCAUCUUCAUUCUGGCAUUGACCAUCCUUGUCAGUGCGAUCGGCAUAGGUGGACUUGGCAUGGAAGAUGUAGUGGGGAAGCUUGCGAGGAAAGAGCAUAUGGGUUUCGAAAACCUGUGUCUCCAAUCUUCUUAGCUACAUCUGAUGGUAUCUUCGAUGCAUGUUGACUUGUGAGUUCGUCAGUCAACUUUGGUGCUUGUAAAUUUGGUCAAUGGCAACUGAAGCCUAGCUGUUUGAUUGUGAUUAUUCUUCCAUAUAAAUCCUUUGAUAUCUUAUGCUGGAUGAAUCAAA